CACAGAGAAAGAUCUACAAACACAGUCAUUAUUAAAGAAGUGGGUCAGUGUUGAAAGAUGGAGUCUGUUUCAGAGCUCAAGAACACACUAGAAGAACUGGAUGGACCUGGUCUGAAACACUUUCAAUGGCACCUGAGGAAUAAUUAUGGUAUUUCAGCUUGUAAACUGGAGAAUGCAGAUGUCUUAGAUACAGUAGAUAAGAUGAAAGAACAGUAUGGAGCAGAAAAGGCUGUGAAGGUCACAAUGGAGAUCCUGAGGAAGAUGAAGCAGAACGAGUUGGCCGAACAGCUAGAAAAUAAACACAAGGAAGUUACAGUUGACAGAAAAGCUAAUGAUAGUGAUUACAGCGAGCUCAGCAACAGACUGAAGGAGUCCUUAAAACGGCACUAUGAGCAAAUAUUGGAUGGUAAUUCACAGACUGGCCAUCUAAAACGACUGGAUGAUAUUUACACUGAUCUCUUCAUAGUAAAGAAUGAGACUGGAGGAGCAGUGAGUGAGCAUGAAGUAAGAAAGAUUGAAUUAAAUCUCAACCGAACUCCUGCUGAGGACACACCCAUCAAAUGCAAUGACUUAUUUAAAGUCCAGUGUGAUGGACAAAACCGAAAAGUGCUGACGAUGGGCAUCGCAGGUGUGGGAAAAACUGUCUCUGUCAAAAAAUUCAUCCUUGACUGGGCUGAAGGAAAAGAAAAUCAGGAAAUUAUCUUUGUUUUUCCUCUUCCCUUCUGUGAUCUGAAUUUGAUUGAACAGGAUUACAGUCUAAUGGAUCUGAUUCACGAAUACUUUGACUGUGUUAAACAACUCCCAUCAUUACCUGAAGGUGAAGGAAAGAUCAUGUUAAUCUUUGAUGGCCUGGAUGAGUGUCGAUUCCCAUUAAGAUUUAAGAAGAGUAAGAUAUUGACAGAUGUUCAUGAAAAAACAACAGUGGGUGACAUCAUUGCAAACUUGAUCAAGAGAAAUCUGCUUCCUUCUGCUCUCAUCUGGAUCACCUCCAGACCAGCAGCAGCCCAUCAAAUCCCUCGAGAAUACAUUGAUCAGAUGACAGAGGUCCGAGGAUUCAACGAUGAGCAAAAGGAAAAAUACUUCACCAAAAACAGCAAUCCUGAUGUGGCAAAGAAAAUCAUUUCACACAUGAAGAAAUCCAGGAGUCUUUACAUCAUGUGUCACAUUCCUGUCUUCUGCUGGAUCUCUCUCUGUGUUUUUCAGCCUAUGCUGACUCAAGAGGAUCAUGAAAAAAUUCCCACAACCCUCACAGGGAUGUACAUUUACUUCUUAAUUAGUCAAAUAAAACAGAUGACAGAAAAAUACAGUGAUGAUCUUAAAUCUAUUGAAGAUGUUGUUCUGAAACUUGGUGAACUGGCUUUUAAACAGCUUCAGAAAGAAAACCUGAUUUUCAACAAAAAAGAUCUUGAAGAAUGUGGUCUGGUUGUCAGUGAAGGUCUGGUUUACUCUGGCUUAUGCACUCAAAUAUUUCAGACAGAAAAGCAAGUUUCUGGGAUAAAUGUCUACAGUUUUGUACAUCUCAGUGUUCAGGAAUUUCUUGCUGCUCUCUAUGUGCUUAUCAUAUACAAAGAUGUAAAAACAAAUCCUUUCCCUCUCACGCGGGGUGAAAAACUGAAAUGGAAAUUAAAAAAUUCACUUCUUGACCUUCAUAAGACUGCAAUUAAAAAUGCUCUUCAGAGCAAGAACGGACACCUGGACCUUCUCCUUCGGUUCCUCAUGGGUCUUUCAUUGAAGUCCAAUCAGAAUGAGUUGAAGGAAUUUCUGCCCAAACUGAAGAUCACAGAUGAAAAUAUGAGAGAGUCUGCUGAUUAUAUCAAAAUGAACAUUAAGAAAACAAAAUCAGCAGAGAAGAGCAUCAAUCUCUUUUACUGUUUGAAUGAACUAAAAGAUAAUUCACUGAUCACAGAAAUCCAGGCGUAUCUGAAUUCAGGAAAUCUUUCGUCUCAAAAGCUCUCAUCUGUUCAGUGGUCAGCACUAGCAUUUGUGCUGCUGAUGUCAGAAGAAACUCAAGAGACGUUUGAGCUGUGGAAAUACAGAAGCUCUAAUGCAGCUAUGAUUCGACUUCUGCCAGUGAUCAAAAACACCAAAAGAGCUGAUUUAUCUAUGUGUGGGGUGACAGAUGAAGGUUUUUGUAAUCUGGCUUCAGCUCUGAGAUCAAACCCUUCAUCACACUUAAGAGAGCUGAACCUGAGACACAAUAAUCCAGGAGUCUCAGGAGUGAAGCAGAUCUCUGAUCUACUGAAAGAUCCACACUGCACACUGGAGACACUCAAUUUAUCUGGGUGUAAGGUGACAGCUGCAGGUUUUUGUGAUCUGGCUUCAGCUCUGAGAUCAAACCCUUCAUCACACUUAAGAGAGCUGAACCUGGGCUACAAUAAUCCAGAAGUCUCAGGAGUGAAGCAGAUCUCUGAUCUACUGAAAGAUCCACACUGCACACUGGAGACACUCGAUUUAUAUGACUGUAAGGUGACAGCUGCAGGUUUUUGUGAUCUGGCUUCAGCUCUGAGAUCAAACCCUUCAUCACACUUAAGAGACCUGAACCUGGGCAACAAUAAUCCAGAAGUCUCAGGAGUGAAGCAGAUCUCUGAUCUACUGAAAGAUCCACACUGCACACUGGAGACACUCAAUUUAUCUUGCUGUGAGGUGACAGAUGAAGGUUUUUGUGAUCUGGCUUCAGCUCUGAGAUCAAACCCUUCAUCACACUUAAGAGACCUGAACCUGGGCUACAAUAAUCCAGAAGUCUCAGGAGUGAAGCAGAUCUCUGAUCUACUGAAAGAUCCACACUGCACACUGGAGACACUCAAUUUAUCUUGCUGUGAGGUGACAGAUGAAGGUUUUUGUAAUCUGGCUUCAGCUCUGAGAUCAAACCCUUCAUCACACUUAAGAGAGCUGAACCUGAGACACAAUAAUCCAGGAGUCUCAGGAGUGAAGCAGAUCUCUGAUCUACUGAAAGAUCCACACUGCACACUGGAGACACUCAAGUAUAAGUGUUUGUGUGUUGAUGAUCAUCUUAACUUCACUCUUCAUCUCUGUGUUUGUAGUUUAUCUAUGUGUGGGGUGACAGAUGAAGGUUUUUGUGAUCUGGCUUCAGCUCUGAGAUCAAACCCUUCAUCACACUUAAGAGAGCUGAACCUGAGCCACAAUGAUCCAGGAGCCUCAGGAAUGAAGCAGAUCUUUGAUCUACUGAAAGAUCCACACUGCACACUGGAGACACUCAAGUAUGUCAGACAUUAA